AGUGCGCUAGCUAGCAAACGCGUAACUAGAAGAUGCUCGUUCCUUAAUAAUUCUCCUGUCAUCUUCAAUGGAGGAAAUUGAAUCAGAGAGCAACUGGUUGCGAGAGCUUGAAGAUGAGCUCUCAAAGGAUGCCGAAAUAUUCUCAGAAGCCAUUGAUGCUCCUCAAGAGUCCGUUGUGAUCAACAAGCUCGUCUCCGCUGUGUAUUCCGGUCCGACUAUAAGUGAUAUUGCAAAUGCAUUGGCUUUGAGCUAUGAAGGCCAGAGCAAGAUACAACCCAUAUUUUCGGUACCAGAUAAGGGACAUGGGAAGAUAGAGAACAAGUAUACGCUCAAGAUUAAGAGCUGUGGAAAUGGACUUGCAGAUGAUGGCUACAAGUGGAGGAAAUAUGGGCAGAAAUCCAUCAAAAAUAGUCCCAAUCCAAGGAGUUAUUAUAGGUGCACAAACCCCAGAUGCAAUGCCAAGAAACAAGUGGAAAGAUCCACAGAAGACCCAGAAACCCUGAUCGUCACCUACGAAGGACUCCACCUCCACUACACAUACUCUCACUUCCUACUAUCGCGGCCACAAAACGCUCUCCACAUACCAAAGAAGCAAAAGAUCCAAACUAGUAACUCGCAGCAAAAAAUCAAUGAAGAGGAUAAUCCGCAGCCAAAAGGACUUACGGAAAAUAGAGAGGAGAGGGAACAGCAAGAUAUAAUGCUACAAGAGGAGCAGACUCAGACUUCACAAGGAUUGUUGGAAGACAUUGUGCCUUUGUUCGUGAGGAAGCCGUUGAGCUCAAUCACAUACACAGAUGAGGCUUCUUUCUCCUCUCAAGACUCGUCACCUUCAUGCUCUUCAUCGUUUUCUUGGUCUCCCACUGAUUUUUACUUUGAUGUGGGCAUACUGUCAAGCAUCAUUUGAAAGAGAAUUUGGUAGGAAAAAAAAGGGAUAAAGGGUGUGAUAUAUUUUGUCUAAAUAUUUGGUAUUAGACUUACUUUUCAUCAAUAGACCAAAUAAUGCUUGAGCUUGUACACAAGAUGUGGUUUGUGAAACAAAGAUUAUAUGUGUAAUAUACGUCAAAUUAAAGACUUUCUAUGUAAUUCAGGCACUACGUCGUGUAUUCUUUGUGCGAAAAGCUCUGUUAUUGAUUUUCGCUGAAACGAGUAAUAUUUAA